AUGGAAGAAGCAAUCGUCAAGCUUUGGGUACCGAUGUGGUAUCUGCCGAAGGCUGUCCGAUACUUAAGUCAUCAAGUUGCAAGUGGGAAUUUGCACAAAGUUUCGAUGUGGGACUUUGUGCAAAUUCCCGUGGUGGCGACACGUGUCCAAGGCUUAGGUUAUGUAGUUGAUUUGACAACCACUUUCGGCAUGCAAUUGCCACAUCAGAGGAAGGUGUCUUCGAUAGCUGAGAUUAUGAUGAUGUCAUCGGUGUUUAGGGAUUCCUAG